UCACAUCCUUUAAUGGCCCAACACCACCAAAAUUACACCUUUCUUUAUUUCUCCUCUCCCUUUGCUGGUGAGUUUUAGAUAAAUAAUCUUUUUUAAAACUAUUUUAUGGAAUUAAUUUCGGCGGAACCAAUUUGAGAAUUUUGGUUAAUUUUGGCAAAUUUGUUGAUUAUUUUUAUUUGAGUUUUAAGAAUUAUGGUUGAAGGUUACUAUUGUUCGAAGAAAACUGAUGCACUUUGUGAUGAUAUUUGCAGCCAGGGAGUCAGAGGCGGGUUAAUAAUAUCGAGAUUAAAAUGUAUUGUAAGAGGAGUUGAUUUUAAGAGCAUUCUUCUGUGUCUUGUGUUAAUCCCACUUUGCAUAUUUGGUGUUUAUUUACACGGCCAGAAGAUAACUUAUUUCCUACGGCCGUUAUGGGAUCACCCUCCGAAGCAUUUCGUUGAGGUCACUCAUUAUUACAACGAAAAUAUUACGAUGGAGACACUAUGCAAACUUCAUGGAUGGGGAAUUCGUGAUUACCCUCGUAGAGUGUUUGAUGCAGUUUUAUUCAGCAAUGAGGUGGAUAUGUUAGAAAUUCGGUGGAACGAAUUGUACCCUUUUGUGACUCAAUUUGUUCUAUUGGAAUCCAACUCAACCUUCACAGGAAUACCAAAACCAUUGUUCUUUUCUAUUAAUCGAGAUAAGUUUAAGUUUAUUGAGCCAAGGUUGAGUUACGGGACCAUUGGAGGAAGAUUUAAGAUAGGAGAGAAUCCUUUUAUCGAGGAGGCGUAUCAAAGAGUUGCUCUUGAUCAUCUUCUCCAAAUUGCUGGUAUCGAAGAAGAUGAUUUACUGAUAAUGUCAGAUGUAGAUGAGAUUCCAAGCAGACACACGGUGGAUCUACUAAGGUGGUGCGAUAAUGUCCCUCCUAUCCUCCAUCUACGACUCAAAAACUAUAUCUACUCAUUCGAUUACCAUGUAGAUGACAAUAGUUGGAGGGCUUCAAUACAUAGGUAUAACCCCGGAGUAACUAGAUACGCACAUUUCCGCCAGACGGAUCUGCUAUUUGCAGAUGCAGGAUGGCAUUGUAGCUUUUGCUUUCGGCACAUAUCUGAUUUCAUAUUCAAGAUGAAGGCCUAUAGUCAUACUGAUCGUGUCAGAUUUUCCCAUUAUCUAAACCCAAAAAGGAUUCAGGAUAUUAUAUGUAAAGGUACCAACCUAUUCGACAUGCUUCCCGAAGAAUAUACAUUUCGCGAAAUAAUAGGGAAAUUGGGUGCAGUUCCUCGGUCUUAUUCUGUUGUUCAUCUUCCGUCUUAUUUACUAAAAAAUGCAAAUAAGUUUAAGUAUCUUUUUCCAGGGAAUUGCAUGAGAGGAAGUGGUUGAAUUUCCAUUGGAAAACAUAAAGUUUUGUUUAAAGGGAAAAUAUAAUGUUAGCUAUUCAUGCCAUUGCAGACAUGCUAGGAAUUCUGUAAGAUAGAGUGGUGCACAACGUGCAGGACCCUUAUAUUGUUGUAAAUUUUUAUUUUUAAUACUUGCACUACUGAGUAUAUCAUUCUAAAUCGAAUCUUGUGUAUUCAGGAACACGAUGUAGGAUCGAGAAAGAAUGAGAUUUUUGUUAUGCUUGGUUGAUUGUUUUUCUUAUAGGAAAGCAUGUUCCAUGUGA